GCCAAUUUUUGGGUGGAAGGAAAAAAGCUUAAGCCGACAGCUUCCAAUGCGAAAAUCGAAACCGUUAUAAGAAAUCGGAUCGGUACCCUUGAAAGCUCCAUGCUCAAGUGGUUGCCGCUGGAAAACUGCAGCUCAGUGUGUUUUUCAAACCCAACUCGGACGGUUGUCUUUCCGACUUCAAACUACCAGCUUCAACGUAGGCGGAAAAGUUUAUUAUAUAUAUACAAGUAUAUUCGACAUAAUGAUGAUAAAGCUGGGCUGUUUCUCGUUUUGGCUAAUGGUCGUGAUCGGAGCCGCUGUGGCCAUUGAAGUUCAGAAAUUCGGGUAUCUAUUUAAUCCACCGCAACCGGAACACUCGCAGCAUCAUCACGAGGAGAAGCAAGAUCUCAACAAGAUACCUGGUGUUCCGGGCGUGGACUAUCCAAUUUACCAUGAGGUUCCGCACACUCACUUUAGUUGCCACAACGUUCCGGCCACUCCAGGAAUGUAUGCCAAUUUGGAGACUGGAUGCCAGGCCUAUCACGUGUGUCACGAUGGACGUGAAGGUGAACAGGGUGCCAAGUUCCUCUGCACCAAUGGUACCAUCUUCAAUCAGAAGGAGUUCGCAUGCGAUUGGUGGUACAAUGUUAAGUGCGAGGAGGCCACCAAUUUUUACCAUUUGAAUGCCGAUCCCGAGCACAAUCCUUACUUUCCCAAGAAGAAGCCUGAGCUGGAACCUUAUGCUAAUGAUAUUCAUGAUGCUAACAAGUUUUUGAUACAAGCUUAAUUUUAUUUCAUUUUCAUUUUGUUGAUGUUGCUCCCCAUAUUGUAAAUAAAACCAUAAUAAUUUAGCUUA